CGAAAUCUUUUUCGUUUGGUUUGUUUCGGAGUAUUUAAAAAUUGGAAUUUGAGUUGAAAGGUCUUUAAUGCCCUUGACUUUCCCUUCAAAUUACACAUUGACUUAGGUUAACAACUCAAUGCUGCUUCCAUGGCUGGAACGAAGAAAAAACGAUGAAACCCAAUGCCUCUUCUCUUUUAGUUUUCUUCCUUUUUCUUCCCUUGAAAUUACACUAGUGGAUAGUAAGAUUCUAAUCCCAUGAAGAAAAAGCUUAAUAGCUCAAUUCUGUUUUCGGUUCUAUGUGUAGAAUCCAAGUUUGAUACUACGCACACAACCUGUUUGAUAAAUUUCUUCAGAAGCUAUGCGUUUCUUGUUUCCACCCGUUUGGCACCGCUUUUUGACGCAAAUUAUCAAUACCCACAAACCCAAAAAUAUUUUACACUCUCUAUAUUCAUCAUCAACAACAUCACCGGAACUGGAGGAGCUUCGUAAGGUAGUUUCGAGCUCCAUUGGUGGUUUAGAUGACCUGGAGUCGAGUUUAAACCGGUUUAAGCUUUCUUUAUCAUCGUUACUUGUUACUGAGGUUAUAAAGUAUUGCGAAAAUGUAGCUCCGACUAGAAGGUUAUUGAGAUUUUUCUUGUGGUCGGUUAAGAGUUUAAGUUAUAGUUUGGAAGAUAAGGACUUUAACUAUGCGGUUCGAGUGUUUGCAAAACGGAAGGAUCAUAGGGCAAUAGAGAUAUUGAUUUCGGAUCUUAGGAAUGAGGGGCGACUAAUGGAGAGUCAGACUUUCAGUGUUGUGACUGAUACAUUGGUUAAAUUGGGGAGAGAAGAUGAAGCAUUGGGUAUUUUCAAGAACUUGGAAAAGUUCAAGUGCCCGCAAGAUGGUUUCAGUUUGACUGCCAUUGUGAAUGCUUUAUGUGCUAAAGGGCAUGCUAAGAAAGCUGAAGGUGUAGUUUAUCAUCACAAGGACAAGAUUGCUGGUGUUGAGCCUUGUAUAUAUAGGAGUCUCCUUUAUGGUUGGUCCAUUCAAGAGAAUGUAAAGGAAGCUCGCAGAGUUAUCAAGGAGAUGAAGUCAGCUGGCGUUGAGCUUGAUUUGUAUUGCUAUAACACAUUGCUUAGGUGCCUUUGUGGGGCAAACCUUAAAUGCAAUCCUUCCGGCCUCGUUCCGGAAGCUUUAAACGUGAUGAUGGAAAUGAGAUCCUAUAGAAUUGCCCCAACAUCAAUCAGUUAUAACAUAUUGCUUUCUUGUUUGGGGAAGACAAGAAGAGUGAAAGAAUCAUGUCGGAUUCUUGACUUGAUGAAAAAAACCGGCUGUGCUCCGGAUUGGAUAACAUAUUAUCUUGUUGCCAGAGUAUUGUACUUGACAGGAAGAUUUGGCAAGGGAAAUAUGAUAGUGGAUGAGAUGAUUGAACAGGGGUUGACCCCUGAUUGUAAGUUUUACUAUGAUCUCAUUGGUGUUCUUUGUGGAGUGGAGAGAGUGCAUUUUGCUGUUGAGUUGUUUGAGAAGAUGAAGAGAAGCUCAUUGGGUGGGUAUGGACCAGUUUAUGAUGUGCUUAUACCAAAACUUUGCAGGGGAGGCAACUUUGAAAAGGGUCGAGAGCUGUGGGAUGAGGCUGCUGCUUUGGGUGUUAGUGUUUCCUUCUCCACUGAUGUUUUGGACCCUUCAAUCACUCAAGUUUUCAAGCCAACGAGAAAGGUGAAGGAGUUCAAUCUUAAGGACUGUAAAAUGGCUAAGAAUACAGUGAAUAUGAAGCACAAGAUUAUCAAGGGAAACAAGGGUAAGAAAAAAAUAUCUCAAAAGAAUAAAUCUGUUUCCAAAUAAAAUGGUUUGGGUUAAUGUCAUCCCCCCCCCCUUCGUUUUUUGGGAUUCAUGUACUUUGUGACGCAAUUGGAAUUCAGAGGAUAGUGAAAUGGAAUAGGGUUUAGUUUUGCACAUGGCUACAUGGAACGGGGUUUUAAGACAGUGGUUGAGAUGGGAUCGGAAGGGGGACCUUCAGUACAAUUGGAUUCAACGCGUUGACGCUAGCUGUCUGUCCGAAAUCAAUCCGCAGGCACCGGGCCGGAUGUUCUUAAACUAUUUAACUAAAACAUGAAGAUAUCAUAAACGUGUUUCAUUUUGAAGAAGGAAUAUAUACCUUCUUAUCUCUUCUUAAUUUUUAAUUGUAUCAUUAUUAUUAUAUGGGUAAACUAUAUCAUUAAUUACUAAAUUAUGAUUAA